CCGCCCUCCUCCUACCCGUUCGGCGCGCGGCGUGGGAGGACGACGCCCCUCAAGCCUAGCCUCGAGGAGUUGCAGAAUAUCCAGGCAUGGAUAAAAACGAGCUGGUGCAGAAGGCCAAACUGGCCGAGCAGGCUGAGCGAUACGAUGACAUGGCAGCCUGCAUGAAGUCUGUAACUGAGCAAGGCGCUGAAUUAUCUAAUGAGGAGAGGAAUCUUCUCUCUGUUGCUUAUAAAAAUGUUGUAGGAGCCCGUAGGUCAUCUUGGAGGGUUGUCUCAAGUAUCGAGCAAAAGACGGAAGGUGCUGAGAAAAAGCAGCAGAUGGCUCGAGAAUACAGAGAGAAAAUUGAGACUGAGCUAAGGGAUAUCUGCAACGAUGUGCUGUCUCUUUUGGAAAAAUUCUUAAUCCCCAAUGCUUCACAAGCAGAGAGCAAAGUCUUUUAUUUGAAAAUGAAAGGAGACUACUACCGUUACUUGGCUGAGGUUGCUGCUGGUGAUGACAAGAAAGGGAUUGUGGACCAGUCACAACAAGCAUACCAAGAAGCUUUUGAAAUCAGCAAAAAGGAAAUGCAACCAACACAUCCUAUCAGAUUGGGUCUGGCCCUUAACUUCUCCGUCUUCUAUUACGAGAUUCUGAACUCUCCAGAGAAAGCCUGUUCUCUGGCAAAGACAGCUUUUGAUGAAGCCAUUGCUGAACUUGAUACAUUAAGUGAAGAGUCAUACAAGGACAGCACGCUAAUAAUGCAAUUACUGAGAGACAACUUGACAUUGUGGACAUCGGAUACCCAGGGAGAUGAAGCUGAAGCAGGCGAAGGAGGGGAAAAUUAACUGGCCUUCCAACUUUUGUCUGCCUCAUUCUAAAAUUUACACAGUAGACCAUUUGUCAUCCAUGCUGUCCCACAAAUAGUUUUUUUGUUUACGGUUUAUGACAGGUUUAUGUUACUUCUAUUUGAAUUUCUAUAUUUCCCAUGUGGUUUUAUGUUUAAUAUUAGGGGAGUAGAGCCAGUUAAUAUUUAGGGAGUUAUCUGUUUUCAUCUUGAGAUGGCCAAUAUGGGGAAGUGGAAUUUUUAUACAAGUUACAAAUGUUUGGCAUUGUACUUUUGGUACAUUGUGGCUUCACAGGGGCCAGUGUUGAAACUGCUUCCAUGUCUAAGCAAAGAAAACUGCCUACAUAUUGGUCUGUCCUGGUGGGGAAUAAAAGGGAUCAUUGGUUCCAGACACAGGUGUAGUUAUUGUGGGUACUUUAAGGUUUGGAGCACCUCUGAGGCUGUGGUAGAAACACAUACCCGUGGGUCUCAUGUGGAGCCCCGUGUUUCCGGGGAGUAAGCAGUCUCAGCACGCUCCUGUGACCGCAGCUGCGGGGUGUUCUUCAGACAAAGUUGCUACCCAUUUACUCUGGAUAAGGGCAGAAACGGUUCACAUUCCAUUAUUUGUAAAGUUACCUGCUGUUUGCUUUCAUUAUUUUUGCUACACAUUUUAUUUGUAUUUAAAUGUUUUAGGCAACCUAAGAACAAAUGUAAAAGUAAAGAUGCAGUAAAAAUGAAUUGCUUGGUAUUCAUUACUUCAUGUAUAUCAAGUGUAGCAGUAAACAAACAAAAAACCCAUGUAUUUAACUUUUUUAGGUUUUUUGCUUUGGUGAUUUUUUUUUCUUUUUUUUUUUGAUACUUGCCUAACAUGCAUGUGCUGUAAAAAUAGUUAACAGGGAAAUAACUUGAGAUGAUGGCUAGCUUUGUUUAAUGUCUUUAAGAAAUUUUCAUGAACAAUCUGAGCAUAAUUGUUAAGAACAUAUGUAUUAAGUUCAUGUAAGUGGAAUAAAAGUUUUAUGAAUGGACUUUUCAACUACUUUCUCUACAGCUUUUCAUGUAAAUUAGCCUUUUGGUUUUGAAACUUCUCUGAAGGAAAUUGUACGUUCUUGGAAAUUUAUUUCUUCUUCCCUCUUGGCAGCUAAUGGGCUUUUUCCAAGUCUAAAGGCAAACUUUAUCGUAACAAAAAUACUAGUAAUAUAACUACCAUUCUCAACCAUGUCCCAUGUCUCCCCUCUCCCCCCUAAAAAAAUAAUUGAAAUGAAAAAAAUUUUAUUUUAUGAUGGAGGGGGAGAUUGGAAAAAAAUUAAUGUGUUCCGUUUAAAAUUUUGGUAUAUGGCAUUUUCUAACUUAGGAAGCCACAAUGUUCUUGGCCCAUCAUGAUAUUGGGUAGCAUUAACUGUACGUCUUGUGCUUCCAGAUCACUUUUGGUUUUUAAGAAUUUCUUGAUACUCUUUAUAGCUUGCCUUCAAUUUUAAUCCUUUAUUCUCUUUGUCAGGUGCACAAGAUUACCUUUUUUAGCCUUCUGUCUUGUCACCAACCGUUCCUCUUUGGUGGCCAUGUGCUUGGGAAAAGGCCGCAUGAUCUUUCUGGCUCCACUCGAUGUCUAAGAUACCUGCUUCCUUUGCUUGCAUCCCACAGACUACUGCCCCCAUCCUCUUCACUUCAGCACAUCUCUGCUUAGUUGAUGAGAUUGUGUUUAACUCCCUGUAAACCCUCCCCUAUCCUGAUAGUCUGUCAUUGUCUGCUUUUAAAAUCCUUUCUCUUUCUCUCUUCUCUAAAUAAUGAUGGGGCUAAGUUAUACCCAAAGCUCACCCUACAGAAUAUUUCCUCAGUACUUUACAGAAAACACCAAACAAAAAUGCCAUUUUAAAAGAGGUGUAUUUUUUUUUCCUUUUAGAAUGUAAGCUCCUCAAGAGCAGGGACAAUGUUUUCUGUAUGUUCUAUUGUGCCUAGUACACUGUAAAUGCUCAAUAAAUAUUGAUGAUGGGAGGCAGUGAGUCUUGAUGAUAAGGGUGGGUAACAAAACCCAAACACUGUUUUGUUGUUUCUUUUACUAUCUCAAAAUUAAAUGGGGAAAUACCGGCCCUUUUGGACAAUUGUCCCAAAUAUUGGCAUUCAAAUAAAAGUGCAAUGGAG